AUGUCAGUUGAACGUGGAACUUCCAACUCAACAUCAUACAGAAUGUUCCUAACUCACGGAGGUUCUCCAUUGUCAUAUUUUCAUGAUGUUCCAUUGUUGACAAAUGCAACCGGUAACUGUUACAAUAUGGUUGUUGAAAUUCCUCGUUGGACAAAUGCGAAAAUGGAAAUCUGCAAAGAGGAGCUUAUGAACCCCAUCAAACAGGAUGUGAAGAAUAAUAAAUUACGUUAUGUAAAUAAUGUAUUCCCACACAAGGGUUAUAUCUGGAAUUAUGGCGCCCUACCUCAAACAUGGGAAGAUCCAAGUCAUGUAGAUGAAAAUACGAAAGCCAAGGGUGACAAUGAUCCUAUUGAUGUAUGUGAAAUUGGCUCAAAGAUUCUGCCUUGUGGAUCAGUCAUACCCGUCAAAGUACUGGGAAUAUUGGCAAUGAUAGACGAAGGUGAAACUGAUUGGAAGGUUAUAGUUAUCAAUGUAUCUGAUCCAAUGGCUGAGAAACUAAAUGAUAUUCAGGAUGUGGAUACCCAUAUGCCGGGGCUUCUGAAGGUACUACAAAGUGCCGACGGGAAAACCAGAAAAUAUAUUCGCAUUCAACGGGAAUUCCAAAAUAAGGAAUUCGCCACGAAGAUUAUCUCUCAAACUCACGAACAGUGGCAGAAAUUGAUAUCUACCAAAGUGGAGGCUGGUUCACUCAUACGUGCUAAUGUUACUGUGAAAGGAAGUCCCUAUAUGGUAUCUAAAGAAGAUUUUGCCGACGCUUUACAAAAGUAUGAAGACUUCAAAUGUGGAAGUGAACCAGCAGAUGUAGCUAUUGAACAAUGGCACUAUUGCAAUCUGAAUGUUUAA